UAAAACACGCUCAUUUAUUAAUUGGAUCAAAACUUUAAGGACAAAUACAAAUAUACACAAAGAUACCUCAGAAUCUUUACAAGCAACACUUGACUUUUGAGCCUGCCAUACUACAAUUAUUUAUCAGCAUGUAGGGCACUUGAAGUUUACACACAUGGGAGAGUAAACAAUGAUUGCACAGGUGGCUCAACUGGAGAUUUAGCAUUUAACAUUACCCAAGAACAUUAUUACAGAUUUUUUUUAGUUAACUAAAUGUAUUAAAUGUUCAUAUUUGUAAUGAAAUCCUAUUCAAUAGUGUUUAUUGAACAACAGACUAGUGUUUCUCAUCAUUUGACUUUCAUCUCUAGUCAGUCUUUCACUUUAGCCGACCUAGACUAAAUGUAAUGCAGCUGUAACCUAUAUGACUGGAACUCCCCACCCUGGUGGAAACAACCCCUCCUGCCCCUUUUCCAGUUCAACUACACUCCUAUUGUACAACAUAAAGCAUCUCACGAAUUUCACAAAGUAGCAGGGCAAUAGGCUAGUAUAUGACAGCUGAACAUACACAUUUAUCCAAAUGAAAACUCCCUCUUAUUUAACUGUUCUUAUUUACCACUACGCAAACGUCCCAUAACAGGUCCAUAAUUGUUAAGAUGUAAUAUACACAUAGGGGGGCUAUAUUCAGCUGCCUUUUGAUAAGACAAUUUGGCAAGUUCAAAAAUAUUACCACGCACAUGAAGACAGAGCCACCUGAAAGUAGCCUACAGUAUGUCACUUUCACAACAUGUUCCUGUAAAAAAACGAUAAUUAUUAGUGUUGUAUUAUAUUGAAAGUAGUGACUUUUCAACCAAGUAAAAGACAAUAAAGCAUUUCUGAAGGCUAUAACUCGUAACAAGCAUAUAUAUAAAAUAGCAUUGAACAAUUUCAAGAAGAAAACUGCUAACCAUUUACUUGUUACGCAAAGGGUGCAUUACGUGGAUGGCCUAUUCUCACAUUUGAAAACAAUUGUAGGUCUGCAAGUAGCUUUAAAUACAUAGUGGGGUUUUCGUGCAGUGUCAGAAGCUUGCGUUAAGAUAAGAUAUGGUUAUCUGUUUAGUUGGAUGUGUGUCUGACAGACAUUCCAAGGUUUAAAGCUGCAUGCCUAAUUAUGAAUCUUGACACGUCUGCCAUCAAGGCUGGCAUAAAAACAUAUCCAAUUGUCCAGAGGGCAACCGAACACAUUCUAUUUGCGUUCUUGAUUAUUCUGUCCAAUUGAAUUCAAUUCCGGGGCAUGAUGCAACCAUGAAAAUGUAACACUUAAAUUGUUCCCCUCUGUACUGGACAAACAAUUUAAGGGUGGAAUUUAUGUUAAGUUUAAAGUGGAGAGGGGAAUUAAUACAAUUUAAUAACGGUUUAAAUGGACGGGGUAGUUUCUUUGGUGCCUAAAGCCAUGUUCCCCUUUGAUCAGCGAGGGAGGGCGACUUUAUUGGACAUGUUUCUAUUUCCAAAUCCGCAUAACACGCAACGAUGCAUGUAUUUCCUAUUAUGUAGAUAAGGAAGAGAGCGUUUGAUAUGUAAUAAAGGUGGGCCCAUAGCCUACUGCCUCUUUAAGCCCCUUAAGUCUGAGAAAUGAUGAGCGACAGAGGCACCGCGAGAGGGUCAGCGCUAUUAACUUCUCGGUUUCUCGGGCUCCACUUAAACUUCUCUCUAUUACAUGUCGUAAUGUGGCGAGAUGGGCCCUUUACGUGUCCACCUCCUCAAUCCCAAAAUAAAAAUGCAUACCUGCCCCCCAAAGUGCACGGUAAAAUGAUAGUCUAGCUGCAAAUUUCUUUAUAUUUGCUCAGACAGUUCGAUACGAAGGGGACAAGGACAAAUGAUUAGGCUAUAGUUAGGCUACUCUUGCACACCCAGUGUUUCGCGAUAAACACACAAUACAAGCCCCUCAGCAGCAUUUGAUGCAUAUGACCGUAGUCCUCGUCACCGUCACUAAUCUCGCCAUGCCUGACUGAAACCGUGCAACGUCGGGAGGGAUGUUCCUUCAACUCUCGGUAAUGAUCCAGACAACUAUGGAAAAAGUAUGAUAGCAUGUUCUUGCAAGAAAACCUCCGUGUCCUUAUGCUAAAUUGUGGUUGGUUUUGAAAUUCGUUUCGGAGAAUUCAAAACAGUAUGACAAAACAUUAACAAAUUUAUAUUGACCUUAAACAUAACCAAAGUUCUAUUGACCUUGGGGGGAUUCUAUUAUAUCAUCAUGGAAAUAAUAGAGUGAGGCAACAUUCAUCUAGUUGGACGAUAUCGACCGGGAAUAAAUAAUAGAUUGCUGAGACAUUCUAAAAUAUCUUUAUUUCACGAAAUAUGACAUUAAUUCAAACGUGUUUAUGUCCAAAUAAAUCAGACAUAUUUUUAUGAUUUAUAAUUAGAUUGAUUGCUUGUGAUUUUGAUAUUAAUUUGAAUUAACAGCACUGUCAAAUAUUAGGCCUACAUUAACGGAUUGUAACAGUAAUAAUAACAGACAAAUAAUAAUAAUAACAAGAAUAUAAUAUACCGAGCUUCAUGUGUCAUUUUUAAUUACACCAGUUAUCUAUUUCGCAGGAGCUUUCAUGUACAGAAAAACACCUUUGAGUAAUUGCACUGAGGGAUGAAUGGCCUGUGUACCAGUAAAUUCCUUUACAUUAAUUGAGCCAGAAACCAUAACUAAUGAUGGUCCCAACUGCCUCACUGGGUUUUUCUAUGUACUCCUAAUCUUUGGACGAAUAGUACAAUUUUGGUUACCGUUAUUUUGAUAUUACACAGCACCCUACAAAAUUGUUUGUUGGGAUACAAAUUAUGCUUGAUAUAUUGAUAACAUAGGCAUUCGAAUCCAUUCUCUCCUCACAAAAUAUUUUUAAAAUAGGCCUAUUUUCCACUGUAAAAUAUAUUCAAUUGCACUUUAAAAACAUAUGGUUCACAUAAUAAUGAAUUCAUUAUGAUCACAAUUUAUAAUGCAUAUUUUUCGUUAUCACGCAAAUUAGAUUUUUCCGAAAGAUUACCUAUUUUUUUCUUAAUUAUUAAUAGUGGCGCGAUUCAACGUUUGGCGUUUGUUCAAUCCGCCAGAUGUCGCUAGAGGAAUGCAUAUUUUACGCAUUAGGCAUGCUAAGUGUCUUUGAGACAGAUCCCAAGGAUUUUCAAGGGAGAACGCCACAGUUACAUUUUGUGUAGCUCCCCACCCCACCCCCUCUCUCUCACCCUCCUCAGACACCAGAAUCUGAGAAUCGAUAGAGGGGAAAUACGGUUUAGGAACUGAAGAAUUUACAGUUAGUCGCGAAACUUUGACAAGUAUUUGAGUUGCUCAUUCCACUUUCUGGGACCCUAGUCACAUUUCACGUGGGGUCAGAAAGAGUUCAGCCUGGUGAGGUAAUGCCGUAUGUGUUGCAUGAGGAAAACAUUGACAGGGCUACGUAUAAACAAAAAAAACUUCACUGUAGAUGAUGUAAACACUGAGAUAAACAAACCUAUAUAAAUGAAUAGUUAGUUAAUCACUAGAUUUUAACAUAUACAUUCGAGUAUUGAUAUUGUCUGAACAUCAAUUGAACAAAAGCCUCCUAUAAAACUUCAGAAAAUAACCAUAAAUUAAAUAUACCUGAACGCAAUUCAGAAUUAUCUUUGUAUUGACCACUUUCAGGUUACUGAAAGUGUUGGUUUUCUGUCCCCUUCAGAAAAGUCUAUGAUCUACUCUUAUCUGUGGGCUUUCUAUAGCCAACAUUAGCUUUUCCUAUUUGCAUAAUCUCAAAUACUCUAAGGCGGGCCAACUCAGAACAAAGUAACAAACAAGAUUAGGCCGAUGUUAUUUGUUCCUGUGGUUAAGCAGCGAUUGUUUCUAAAGAAGUAUUUAAGGUCACUAAGAGGAUUUAAACCCCGAUUCGUAUCAGUGACCUUUUUGAAGGAAUUAAACCAACAAAACAUUUCUCCAUAUUUAGCAACAUAUAGGCUACCAGGCUACUUUAGAGGAAGCCAUGGCAAAGUGGAGAUAUUGGUGUCUGUUUUGAAAUGGGAGUUUGGGGGUUACUUCUUUUACAGUGGGUGCACUUUUAGGAUGUGACACCGAGUGGAUCUUUAGCCUCGUGAUUGUCUCAGUAGUGUUUUCCUUGAAAUGGAUCCGCUGUCCCCUAAUGAAUCCAAACGCAGCUGGCCAUGUCCCACACGGACACCGAGAGCUUUAACCCUAAACUGACCUCAAUUUGACACCACCAGAUGAAAUUUUACCGCCUGUUAAUGCCAUCUUCUGCAGAAGAGACGGAUCCGCAUGUUGACGGAGAUGCACUUCUACUUGAACACAGAUUUUGUUCAUAUGUAUCCUUAUCCAUAUGAGUCCUCAACCUGAAAAGUCACACAAUGGGAAAUCCACUUAUUGAAAAUGUAGUGCUAAACAUAAUGGAAACUUGGGCAUGAUAUGGGACACUUGAAAGAUCUUGGUUUGCAAACACUUGCAUGUUUCCAAAACAAUGAGAACAUGUUUUAGGUAUCCUCCAUUUAAUCUAGGCUAUGUUCUAGGUUUUAGAAGGCUAAUUUAAUCGUAUUAUUAAAUAUUAAUUAUAAUUAUAUUAAGACUAUUAAGUAUUAAGAUUGAAAUACAAUAUCCAGAACGAGGAUUUAGAGUGUAUAAAAGUGUAUUUAUUGCCAUAACUAAAAUAUAAUGUCUCACUAACAGGAUUCCGAUUUAUUUGAUGUUAUUCAGAUUUAUGUUAGAUUUGAAUGCUGAUAGAGGCUAUAUUUUGGAUUCACCAUUGCAUUGCAUUGCAUUGUAAUGAAUAGCAUGUACUUAGUUUGUACCAAGAACUAUAAGUGAAAUACCUCAAAUAAACUUCAUAAACAUUUAACAUAUUGUAUUAUAUACAUUAGAUAAAAUAUACAACUUUUGAAUGUUCAUAAGGUUGAGGUGCAUUUGGGAAGAAAAGGCUAUUUCAUAUAUCACCACCUCAAGUUUCACAAGCUCUUCGAAUGUGUACAUCCCCCGUCUUUAGGCCAAAAUAUAUAUAAGAUAAAAGAUUUGUUUAAAAAAAACAGUGUAUACGAUUUUGACCGUAUAACGUAAAAAUGUGCCACAUUUUACUUAUCCAACGUUUAAAAAUGUUACUUACAUUUUUGGGGAUUGGAUGGCUCUAAUGCGACUGAAUCAUUUUCUACAUUCACAGAAUAGGCCUAAUCAUAUCAGCUACUUAGUCUGACUUUCCACAACUACACUGUUGGAGAACCUUCCGUUUUACGAGACACAACAAAGGACAUAAUAUGAUUCACUUACCAUGUUUGUCCGGAAGAAAAACGCUAGGGUUAGUGUACAGGUCAUAGUGCACGAUAUCAUUAUAAGCAGUCGGGCUAAUAUCAAAAACCCAUGUCUUCAAAAGCUCACGCAUCCAGCCCCUGGUUCUGUUCACGGAAUGUAACAUCGGUCAGAGGUAUUUGGAGACGAUGCAUGCCGCUCUGCGCAUAACACUGUAGUUCCUUCUCGGGCUAUUGCACGUUGAACUGUCCACACAGCCGUUCGUCAACCCUGCAGUCCUACUUUUUCUUGUAAGGGCUUCCCACCCCCUUAUGCCAACAAACAUAAUUGUUGUCACAGUCCUUCAUUUAAAAAAUAUUUUUCAAUUGCUAUUUCUAUUGUCAUCCCAAGCAACCAUAUGGCGCGUUUGUUUGUUGGGAGUAUAUUGACCUUACAGCUGAAUCCAACCCACUAGCUCAUCCAACCUAUGAAUGGUUAAUUUCGACAACCACCAAAAAUGUCACCGAGCCAUAAAUGUAUCAAUUUAUGUGAAAACAUAUCAAUAUAACGAUUAUGCCAUCUGCGCAAAAGUGUAUAUUAUCAUUGAUGGAGCUAAAUAUUAAAAGGGAUAGAUGGCCUGUUUCGGUUUUGUGCGUAAAAAAGCUUGGGCUCAGGGAAAAAGGGCUAUAGCCUCAGCGCAAUCGAUGGCCGGAGCGUUGCUCCUCCUCUAAACUUCAAACUCAAGACAUGAUUGAUGAUCUUGGGGAGCUUUGAUAAUUGACUACUCUGAGGUAAGGCACGGAUUUCUAUCUAGAGAGGGGAUUGGACGAGAGAAACAUACAAAAUUACUUUCUCUACAAAAGCUUUUUCUUUUUGGAAAAGUUCAUUGUGGACUGAGAAGGGGUGCGCCAUAUCGUUUCAUUUGCUAAACAGCCCCGUUCAUAAUUAGCAGUACGAUUAAAAGGUAUUACCGAGAUAUUUCAUACUAGGCACACCGGCUAUAACCACAACACAAGAUAACAAUAAUAAUAAAACAAGAUAGCAAUCCGGAGGCAUAAAGAGGACGCGGACUUGCUGGAUGAAAACGGUCUGAAAAGAUUCAUCCUCUCUUGAACAUCAUCACCAACCAUCAUUCAUUCAUUACCUUGACAACCCCUGGCUUUGAUUGACAGCUGGAGUGGCAAAAAGCCACGAGACACGACAGUUUAGUUACAUGCAGGUUGUUGAUGGGCCGAUUGUAACCUUCAGUUUGGUGCUUGACCAUUUUUUUUAUUUUUUGGGGAAAGAGGAAAACAAGAAAAAUUGCAAAACUCAUCCUGAUGCUUCUGCUUGCACUCUACCACAUUGGAGAAUAGGAGAAUUCGCAAAGUUGGUUGAAAAAGGAAUCUUACCACUAAAUCACUUUCUAACCUGACUGGGAUAUUAAAUAUACGACACAUCCAGGAGUUUAUUGGAGCGCAGCCUGAUGGCGCAAAGGUACGAUGAGCUGGCCCAUUAUGGUGGGAUGGACGGAGUCGGGGUCCCGGCGUCUAUGUACGGAGACCCGCAUGCUCCACGGCCGCUACCCCAAGUCCAUCACUUGAACCAUGGACCACCGCUCCAUGGCCAGCACUACGGUGCUCAUGCACCCCAUCCCAGCGUUAUGCCCAACAGCAUGGGCUCCGCUGUCAACGAUGUUUUAAAGAGGGAUAAAGAUCAAAUCUAUGGUCACCCAUUAUUCCCGCUGCUCGCGUUGGUUUUUGAGAAGUGCGAACUGGCGACGUGCACUCCGAGGGAGCCUGGGGUAGCAGGCGGCGAUGUCUGCUCCUCCGACUCCUUCAAUGAGGACAUCGCAGUCUUUGCCAAACAGGUCCGAGCAGAAAAACCUUUAUUUUCAUCAAAUCCAGAGUUGGACAAUUUGAUGAUACAAGCCAUACAAGUAUUACGAUUUCACCUUUUGGAAUUAGAAAAGGUGCACGAGCUCUGCGACAAUUUUUGCCACCGGUACAUCAGUUGUUUGAAAGGAAAAAUGCCAAUAGAUCUAGUUAUUGACGAGCGGGAUGGAAGCUCGAAGUCAGACCACGAAGAGCUCUCAGGAUCUUCGACCAACCUUGCCGAUCACAACCCAGCUUCCUGGAGAGACCACGAUGACGCCACCUCCACACACUCGGCCGGCACGCCAGGGCCCUCCAGUGGGGGCCACGCUUCACAGAGCGGCGACAACAGCAGCGAACUAGGAGAUGGUUUAGAGAACAGCGUGGCGUCUCCUGGCACAGGUGAUGAUGAUGACCCGGACAAGGAGAAGAAGAGGCAGAAGAAGCGCGGCAUCUUCCCCAAGGUGGCCACUAACAUCAUGAGGGCGUGGCUGUUCCAGCAUCUCACGGUUCAUUAACGCCAGGAGAAGAAUAGUACAGCCCAUGAUUGACCAGUCAAAUCGAGCAGGUUUUCUUCUUGAUCCUUCAGUGAGUCAAGGAGCAGCGUACAGUCCGGAGGGCCAGCCCAUGGGCAGCUUCGUGCUGGAUGGCCAGCAGCACAUGGGGAUCCGGCCAGCUGGUCUGCAAGGCAUGCCAGGGGAGUACGUACCUCAGACUGGUCCUAUGGGCAUGAGCAUGGCCCCACCAAGUUACAACCCUACUCAUCAGAUGACCCCUCACCCCUCCCAGCUUCGACAUGGACACCCCCUCCAUCCCUACCUGCCCGGCCCCCACCACCCUCAUCACCCUGCCAUGCUGAUGCACGGAGGACCCCCCUCUCACCCAGGAAUCACCAUGUCUGCAGAGAGCCCCCCCCCCUGCUGACCCCCAUUGACCCCAGCGCUGGAGGACAAGGCUUGGACAUCCAUGCCCAAUAGUAUAAGCAAACUUUACUACCACAACAUCAACAACAACAGUAGCUUCUAAGAGAAGAAAACAAACAUCAACAACCCUAAAACAAAGAUAUCUUCAGACUAUUUUUCUGAAUAAAAGCAGAACCGUUUUGACCAAUAUUAGACAGUGAAAACAGAAUUCCAGAUGAGCUGUGAUGAUUCAUCUUCUUUUUUUUUCUUUUUUUCAAAAACUUUUUAAUUUUGUUACUUUCAUCCAAAUGGAGGACCAAGCUGACAAGAACACUUUGUAAAGUCUUGGGCUUUUGUUAAAGAUCAACAGAAGAUGUUUUGAGGACAGACACGUAGGUGCGCAAACACGGACACACGCACACACUUAAGACACACGCAUUCGCACACACACAGUGCACACUCUCUCCGGUGACACGUUCAACGCAUUUUUUCAAAACGGAAUCACUCUGGAAGAUUGAGAGAAAAAAGAAAAAGACAAAAAAGACUCCAAGAGUUAUAACUACUGUAGUAUAAAAAGUAUAGCAACUAAGUUAAAAACGUUUGCAUUUUUUGUUGAUCACUCAAUUUCCUGAGCUAGUUGUAGAAUAAAAGGUGAACCCUUUCUCUCACACUGUGUGUGCUCCUUCCUGGAGGAGAAACUGUCUCGGUGGUGAAGCAGCACUAGAAAAAAGAAAAGAUGGAACAUCUCAACAACGGACGCCCACUUGCUCCCAACCACAGCGACAGGCAGAACAGGCCCUGUCCCCCAUAAAGAACAGGGCAUGAUGGGAAAAGGCUGCUAAAUGACACCUGAUCUCUCCAGAAGAUUCAGUUUGAACAUGUUUAAUGCCCCUCUUUGGUUGGUUCAUGAAUGAAUGUUACCCUGUAGGUAUAUACAAAAAAGUUGUUAGUUUGAAUUGCCCAAAGCACUGGAUUGUGUUGGUUUUAUACAUUUUUAUUUGAUUAUUAUUUGAUUUUUUAGUAUCCUGGACUCUCAUUGACAGAGCCUAUUGAAGGAAACUAGUGGAAAAGCAGCAUCCUACUCUGCUUCUUUGCCUCUGGAUCAACAUACUUGCCAUAUGGACAAUACUGACACAAUGGUGAAUUCUUUGGCACUGGGAGAAGCAAUUGGUGGUAGAUGCACCCAAAAACCUACAACUUCAAAACAGAAGAAGAAAAAAAGAACUUAAAUGAUGAACUCAAAGCUUUAGGGAAAAGCUAAGAGAAUAUUGUAACAAACUUCGUACAGAGUUCAGUCUAUUAAUUGUUUCAUGUUAGAUAUUCUAUGUGUUUACCUCAAUUGAAAAAGAAUGUUUUUGCUAGUUUCAGAUCUGCUGUGGCAUUGAUAUUGUAUGUCCAUGAAUUCCUUCCUUUUUCAGCACGUGUUCCUCACUAGAUGAUAAAAUGCCGUCUCCCUUAAGCUUUGUCAAAAAUACAUUAUUAAAUACUUGUAUGAGGACUGUGACGUAAUGUUUAAAAGGUGUUCAGUCACAAAUGCUGUAAUAAAUAUUUCAUUUUUGAUUUUUGUUA